AUGGAGUCCUCUCCAACAGAUUUAUACCUGCCACAGAGCUUGCCUUAUCCAAUAAAACUCACCUCUCUCGACGCUACCCCAAAUUCUACAAUCAAACGCGGAACUCGUCUCCUCUCCUACUCCUUCAUCCAUUUCUCAAACGGUAUACAAGAAACAAGAUUCGGAACAUGGGACUCUGCCAUUGAAGGCGACCUUCACUCUUGGUUGGUCAAAGUAGGGGAUGUCAUCACACAGAACAAGGCAAGCGACCGUCCUGCAGUCAUCGUUAUUGAACCAUGCAAGCACGGCAUGCAGCUUGGUGGUCUUUGCGUCCUCUGCGGAAAGGACAUGACAAGCGUCGAUUACACUGGGUUCUCAGACGCCUCUCGAGCAUCUAUACAAAUGACGCACUCCGCCUUUGGCCCAACCGUCUCUUUCGAGGAAGCACAGCGGAUCGAACGCGAAACAGCAGACCACCUCCUCAAAUCCCGCAAACUGUCUCUUAUCGUCGACUUGGAUCAGACCAUUGUUCACGCUACUGUUGACCCAACCGUCGGCGAAUGGAUAGCUGAAGGGGAGGCUUGGGAAACCAGACAGGCAAAGAAAGCGGCUCACGAUCCUGAUGACUCUGAUGACAGCUCGUCCGACGACAAUGACGAGGAGUGUAAUCCCAAUUGGGAGGCUCUCAGGGACGUCAAGAAGUUCAGACUCGGACCAGAGUCGUUCGUACCCCCUUCUCUGCGUGGAGCACAGCAAGGGAAGGGUAAACAGAAAUUGGUAGAAAACGAGGGGUGUAUGUAUUACAUAAAACCUAGACCCGGUUGGAAAGAGUUCCUGCAGGAAGCAUCUACAAAGUAUGAGAUGCACGUUUACACUAUGGGCACCCGCGCAUAUGCGGAGCAAGUUUGUGCUGCAAUAGAUCCAGAUGGAAAAUUAUUCGGCGGGCGAGUAUUGAGCAGAGAUGAGAGCGGAAGUUUGACGCAGAAGAGUUUACAACGGUUAUUUCCCUGUGACACAUCAAUGGUAGUGAUCAUUGAUGAUCGUGCAGAUGUAUGGGAAUGGAGUCCAAACCUACUCAAAGUCGUCCCUUAUGACUUCUUUGUUGGAAUAGGAGAUAUCAACUCUGCCUUUUUACCAAAGCUCGAACCUCUUACCUCUGCAUCAACGCCCCUACCAACCAGCAAGCCAUCUGAAACAGCCAACGGCGGUACUCCUAGCCCAGUUAUCCACCCAGAACACACUGGGGCGGUCGAUGCAACAGUCGUUGCAUCCACAGCGCCGGAAGAAAGCGCAAAAACAGCAACGACCAAGGUCCUCAUGACAAGGAACAACGCUGCUCUUGAAGCCCAGCUGGAAGAGAGACCCCUUGCCAAGAAGCAGGAAGCACUUCGAGAACACGAGCUACACCCUGAUGGUCCUGGCGUUUCUGUGAAGAAAACACCCUCACCAGAACCGGAAAAGGUGCCCAAGAAACCUCUUUUAAAGAACGACGAUGUCGAAUUGGAGAGAGUGGGAAAGCUCUUGAGGUAUGUUCAUCGCCGAUUUUUUGAGGCGUAUGACGCGCGGUCGCCAGAGAAUAGUCGACGGAAAACUGGGCCCUCAAGUAAAGCUUACGACGUCACUCGCAUUAUCCCUCGGCUUCGCUCAGAAGUCCUCGAAGGGGUCCACAUCUUGUUUUCAAGCGUGAUCCCACUCGACACCAAACCAGAGACGACUGAGAUUUGGCGAAUGGCGCAUAUGUUUGGUGCUCGGUGUUCUACUGAACUCACGAGCGACAUCACGCAUGUCGUAGCUGCAAAGCGAGGUACAGUCAAGGUGGACAUGGCGCGCAAAAGGGGCGGUAUCAAGAUCGUUUGGCUAGCGUGGUUCACGGACUGUAUUGCAUCAUGGCAAAGACAAGACGAGAAACCGUACCUCCUAGACGACCUUCCAGCCGUACCCCCCAUUCCCAGCGGCUCUAGCCCCAUCCACACCGACCACCAGAUCUCAUCUGAUCCCGAUCCGGACGAAGAUGACUGGGACGAGGAGCCGUUUGAGGGGGUGUUGAAGGAUACGGGGUCAUUGCAGCUCUCUGCCAUUAAUUGGAGCGACAUUAAUGAUGAAGUCGAGGCUGCUAUGAAUGAGAGCGACGAUGAGGAUGAUAAUAAUGAUGAUAUGAAGAGUGUCCGGAGCGAAGACGACGUGAUGGGGAAUGCGACUAGCAGCGUUAUUAAUAGCCCCCGGCUUAAUCGAAAGCGGCUACGAAGCGUUACGCCCUCUGAUGGUGGAGGAAGCCAGAACGGUGCGGGAGGUCGAGACGAUCUCCGCUCUCCGUUGUCGAAGCGGAAGAAACUCGCGGCUGAUAGGUCUGGGUAUUCGAGGCUUAAGGAAGCUAUUUCCGCAGAUGAGUUGGUGUUUGGUGGGUCGGAGGGAGGAGGAGAGCCGUCGAGGGCGAGGGCGGCGAGUCCCAAGAUGGUGAUGAAGGAUGAGAUGGAGGAAGAUGAUGAUGAUGAUGAGGAUGAGGAGGAUGAGGAGGAGGAUGACUUUUUAGCGAGGGCGUUGGAGGAAGAGUGGGGAUAG